AGAUGCGAUUUUGAAGAAAUACUGAAAUGCCAUGUAUCCACUAUUGCCACAGCCUUCCUCAUGCUUCUGCAAGUUUCCACCGACGGCUAGAGCACGCGUCAAGUUCCACCUCCACCAAGGGCUUCCCUUCAAUGCGCCAUCAUCGCACCAGUCUCGGACUGCACCCUCUCGCACCACUCCAAGACGACCAUGCAAAGCACGAACGACAGGACCUCUUUUGGUCUCGAGUACGCACCACUCUUCGGGAACCCUUUUCCGAAUUCUGGGGCACAGUCAUCAUGAUAUCGUUUGGCAAUGGCUCGAUUGCACAGGUCCUCUUGUCGACAGGUCAAACCUCAGGAGCACCCGGUGGAAGUGGAUUUGGCAACUAUCAAAGUGUAAAUUGGGGCUGGGGCCUCGGGGUCAUGCUUGGGAUUUAUGUGGCUGGCGAUAGCGGUGCCUACUUGAACCCGGCCAUCACUUUUUCGAACUGCCUUUACCGGCAGCUACCGUGGCGGCGGUUCCCUGCUUACUUUACAGCCCAGCUGCUCGGCAGUAUGGUCGGCUCAUGCAUCGUAUACGCCAAUUAUAUCAGCGCCAUCGACUACUACGAGGGUGGACAUGGAAUGCGUACAGUGCCACCGGCGCCCAAGGCUACAGCUGGGAUUUUCGCUACGUACCCGCAACCAUUCGUGACGAAAGCGAGUCAAUUCUUCUCCGAGUUCAUUGCGAGCGCGAUUCUCAUGUUUGUUAUCUUUGCACUCAAGGACCGCGCCAACAUGGGAAUGGCAAAGAGCGAUCAAUGGUUCCCAUUCAUGCUCCUGUUCCUCGUCUUCGGCAUGGGAUCAUGUUUUGGCUGGGAAACCGGAUAUGCACUCAACCUUGCUCGCGACCUUGGACCUCGCCUCAUGUCGUAUGCUCUGGGGUAUGGGUCCGAGGUGUGGUCGGCGGGCGGAUACUAUUUCUGGAUUCCCAUGGUCGCACCGUGGCUCGGAUGCAUAUUUGGCGGGUUCCUUUACGAUGCCUUCAUUUAUACGGGCCAAAGCCCGGUCAAUGCACCGUUUCUGGGACUGUCCCAUUUCUUCCAUCCGAGGAGGGAGGUGCGUGCGAAGCUGCAGGCAGAAAAGGAUUUGCAGAUGGUGUAA